AUGAAACGUUGUGAACUGAUGGGGCCGAACCCAUUGCUCCAUGCUUUAGGUCUUAAUGCUUGCGAGAGAAAAUCCUAUUUAUUCCUGAGAAAGGAAUUACCAGUGCGAUUAGCGAAUAUAAUGAAAGAGAUAGCGCUGCUCCCGGACAACUUACUACGGAUGCCGUCAGUCGGCCUCGUCAACCAAUGGUAUGAGAGGUCCUUUGAAGAGAUCAUCGAAUUCGAAAAGAUCGAUCCUGACCAGUCAGUAUUGAGCCAAUUCUGCGAGCGCCUCAUUCACAUACGGAAUAGGCACGCGGAUGUCGUCCAAACGAUGGCCCAAGGUGUUCUGGAACUGAAGGAGUCGCAUGAGGUGGACCCUGGCGUCGAGAACUCGAUACAAUACUUCCUGGACCGCUUCUACAUGAGCAGGAUCUCGAUACGGAUGCUGAUCAACCAACACACCCUACUCUUCGGCGAGCAAAUAGGCAAGCAGGAAUCGGUGAACGGGAUCGGCAACGGCGGCCGACACAUCGGCUCCAUAGAUCCCGCGUGUGACGUAGCGGCCGUUGUCAGGGACGCGUACGAGAACGCGAGGUUCCUCUGCGAUCGGUAUUACCUCGCGUCGCCGGAACUUGAGUUGUUGCAGAAUGGUGUGCCGAGCGAUAGGCCGCUACCGAUAGUGUACGUGCCGUCGCACUUGUACCACAUGCUGUUCGAGCUGUUCAAGAACGCGAUGCGAGCUGUCAUGGAGCGUUACGAGAGCUCUCCACCCCCCGUCACCCUCAACAUCGUCCAAGGGAGAGAGGAUAUUUCUCUCAAGAUGUCCGACCGUGGUGGUGGCAUCCCGCGCAGUGUGUCAGACUUACUGUUCAAGUACAUGUACAGUACAGCUCCGCAACCAUCCAAGUCGGACUCGCACAAUGUACCGUUAGCAGGUUAUGGUUACGGUCUGCCCAUAUCUCGGUUGUACGCGCGAUAUUUCCACGGCGACUUGUUGCUGAUGUCUUGCGAGGGCUACGGUACAGACGCCGUCAUAUAUCUCAAGGCCCUAACAAACGAAGCGAACGAACUCCUGCCGAUAUUCAACAGAACAUCGAGCAAGUUCUACCGCCCGGCUCCAGUUGUAGCCGAUUGGUCCGCGCCGGUCCACAACACCUCCGGCAGCGGACGAAAAGACAAGCCGUCUCUUUCGCACAAGCUAUAG